UCGUCAUAAAUUUCACCAUAGAAUCCUCUCCUUUUCUUCCUCAUCCACUUCGUUUCAACUUAUCCAUUAACGUCAUCGUCUUCGCAACUUUUCAGGCUGUGCCAUGGGAGUUCUCUCGUUGUGGAGCUUGUUUCGCUCUCCUUGCGCCGUCAAAUUUUCUAGUUUCCACAAAGCCAUUUGCAUGGCUGAUGAAGUAUCCAUAUCCAAGCAUCAUAUGGUCAAUCACUUAGACAUUUUUUCUGGCAAACGAUUUCCAAGAAGGCUGUUCUCGCAGUUCAUUGGUUCGUAUCCGAUCUUGUUAUAUGCAAAUCCUAGUUUCAGUGCACCGAUGAUGGACGUGCAAGAACCGGAAAUAGUUCGGACGCUAAAGCUCGACAGUGGAGUUCGGAUUCAAGAAGUUCUUGAGGGAGAUGGAGCAGAAGCACAUGAAGGAGACUUGGUGGAGUUCAAUUAUGUCUGCAGGCGUUCAAAUGGAUAUUUCGUUCAUAGCACGGUAGAUCAAUUCAGUGGAGAAAGCACACCAGUAAUCCUGCCUUUGAAAGAAAACCAGAUAAUAGAGGGCUUGAAAGAGGUUCUGGUUGGCAUGAGAGUUGGAGGAAAAAGAAGAGCACUUAUCCCUCCGUCUGUGGGUUACAUAAAUGAGAAUUUGAACCCAAUUCCUGAAGAGCAUGACAACGUUGGUCGAUAAAAUUAAGUUCGCUUUGUUGCAGUUUGGUCCUCGACGUAGUCUUUUAUCGCAUCGGAACGAGCCCUUGAUAUUUGAGGUGCAACUUUUGAAAGUUCAAUGAGUAUCAUUCUCCGUCGAUAUUGACUUAAACCCUUGUAUAUUCAAUGUUGAUAUUUGAAAAUAUGAGUAGAAAGUUCUUUCCUAGCGGGCUCACAUCAUCGUUAUGUGGUGUGUCCCUUGCCAUUAUUCGGCUAUAGCACUUCGACUGUAAUCAGAGGCCGAACGAACGUGUAAUUGCUAUUAAAAGACGGAAAGUUAGAAGACAAAUGUUGAUAUUUUCUUUGUUGUAUCCAAAAAGAACAUACUCUCGAUGAUCAUAGCCUUGACUUUCUAUGUUAUUAGUACAGUACUGGAGCGUUCUAGCA